AUGGAUACCUAAGAACCAAUAAAUCCUAAUUAUGAUGUCGUUGUGUGCGGAACUGGUUUGAUUGAGUGCAUUCUAAGUGGAUUACUAAGUAUGGAAGGCAAGAGAGUGUUUCACAUGGAUCGUAACCCCUAUUAUGGAGGAGAGGGAGCAUCACUAAAUUUAACUAACCUUUGGAAAUUGUUUAAGGCCGGAUAACAGUUUCCAUAACAAUUAGGUUAGAAUAGAGAUUGGAAUAUCGAUUUGAUUCCCAAGUUUGUGAUGGCAAAUGGAUAGCUUGUGAAGAUUUUGCUUAAGACCAAAGUGGCUCGUUAUUUGGAAUGGAAGGCUAUUGAUGGCACAUAUGUAUUCCAAAUGAAGGAGGCCGGUUUGUUUAGCAAGGGAGGUGGCAAGAUCGAGAAAGUUCCAGCAACAGCCUCAGAAGCCCUGAAAUCUGACUUGAUGGGUAUGUUUGAAAAGAGAAGAUGCUAGAAAUUCUUGGCCUACGUGUCCAAUUAUGAAGCAAACAACCCCAAGACUCAUGAUGGUUUGAAUCUGAAUCAAAUGUCAUGUGCUCAAUUGCUUAAAAAAUUCGAAUUAGAGCCAAAUACAAUUGAUUUCAUUGGUCAUGCUGUUGCUUUAUACUCAAAUGAUCUAUUCUUAGAUAAGCCAGCAAUUUAAACAAUUGAAAAGAUCAAAUUGUAUAUGGAUAGUAUUGGAAGAUAUGGUGAUAGUCCAUUCAUCUAUCCAAUUUACGGAUUGGGAGGUAUUCCAGAAGGAUUCUCUAGAAUGGCUGCUGUAAAUGGUGGUACAUUUAUGUUGAAUGCUGAUUUGGAUGAAGUGCUCUUUGAUGGAGAAGGAAAAGUAUGUGGAUUAAAAUCAGAGAAAGUCAAGGAAUUGAUGGGAAUAGAAUAAAUUAAUUGCAAGAUGAUUAUUGCUGAUCCAUCAUAUGCAUUAAAAGCAAAAUUAUCAAAUAAAGUUAAAUCUAUCGGAAAGAUUGUCAGAUGCAUUUGCAUUCUCAAUCACCCAAUUCCAAAUACAAAGAAUUUACCAUCAGUUCAAGUUAUCAUUCCAUAAAGAUAAACAGGCAGAAAGAAUGAUAUUUAUGUUAUGAUGGUUAGUGAUGUUCAUAAUGUUUGCAAGAAAGGAUUCUUCAUUGCCAUUUUGAGUACCAAUGUGGAAACCAAUAAUCCAGAAAAGGAAUUAGAACCCGCAUUUGAAAUCGUCGGACCAGUCUUGGAGAAAUUCGUCACUGUUUCUGAUGUUUAUGUUCCAACUGAUGAUGGAUCCAAGGAUAACAUCUACAUUUCAAGUUCAUUCGAUCCAUAAUCCCAUUUUGAAGGUGAAACUUCAUAAGUGUUGAAUGCUUACAGAAAAAUAACAUAAAAAGACUUAGAUUUAACCAAUUUACCAGUUGAUUAGGAUGAUUAAUGAUAUAUAGAUAAAAAGUAAAGCAGAUAUAUAUAUUUAUUUAUUGAUGGGUAUCUAAAUAAUAAGAAUAUCAGCAAAA